AUGAGACUGUCGUCGUCAAAAAGAGGCGACCAGCGGGGUACGGGAACAAGCCAGAGCCUCUUCAUCGCGCUGGCCCUAUCCUCGCAGCUACCGACGGCCAAUGCAAUCGUAUUCCCCAGCUAUCAUCCCAAUUACAAGACCGACUACCUUCAGCUGAACAAGCGGUACAAUCCCGCCAGACGAGGCCCACCCGAGGACUGGAAUGGGAGAAUACCCUUAAAGGUCACCAACUCGUGUCCUAACACGAUAUGGCCCGGCAUCACAACGCAGCAUGGCGUCGGCCCCGGAAUCGGAGGUUUCGAGCUUGCCUCCGGUGAUAGUCGAGACAUGUGGGUUGGGCCAACUUGGCAAGGCCGCGCUUGGGGAAGAACCAACUGCACCGUCAAUGGAGAGUCGGCAGGCUGUGAGACGGGUGACUGCUUUGGCAAGCUUGACUGUGAAUUCAGUGGCGCCGUUCCUGCAACUUUAGCUGAGUUCAACUUGGCCGGCGGUGUCUCUGGACGACAAACGUUUUACGACAUCUCCCUGGUCGACGGUUACAAUAUUCCUGUGGGCAUCAACUACAUCCCCGCCGACAAUACCACUUACAUCCCGCCAAACUUGACCAACUGCGCAUGCAUCGCAACAACAGGAUUCAUUUCGCAACGCGCGGCAAGCGGCACCGUCUACACCAACAGCACGUACCCCGUCCCAUGGGAGCCAAGUGAAUCCAAUGAGAGUUCUCGAGACUGGUGUCCUUGGCCUCUGCUUUCCAACCCACCAAACAAGCCCGGCGCCGGUGUUUACCCGUACCCAGACGACAAUAUUCAGCGUCCGACCUUCAGCCCAUGCAAGAGCCAAUGCGCUGCCACGAAUUCGGAUUCCGACUGCUGUAUAGGCAAAUGGCAUGACCCCAAUAAGUGCAAGCCAGGCUUGUACUCCAGACACGCCAAGGCUCUGUGCCCUGACGCGUACAGCUUCGCCUUUGAUGACCAGACGUCGACAUUCAUCAUCCCCUCGGGCGGCGGCUGGGAGGUCGUCUUCUGUCCUGCCGGAAGGAGCACUAACAUUCUGCGUACCAUGGGACCACAGCUGUUUGAGCUUGCGAGCGCCGGCUUCCUGAGCCAAAAGAACCUGGAUCUGGUUAAGAAUCAAUCCUACAUAGAUUCUGAGAGCGAAAAGAACGCUGCUCCGGGCCUGGCUUCGUCGUCUCUGUGGGCGAUUUGCGCGGCGGCUACAACCGCGGUCAUGUUGUUGGGUUGGUAG